AUGGCAAGUUCACCUCCUUCAUCCGUUAAAAGUGAACCAUCAGGAGGUUUAUAUUCCGCUCAUGAACCAAAUUUAUCAUACGCGUCGGCAUAUGAUACAUCACUCGAACAUACUUUACCUCAUGCAACUGAUGAUGUAGCCGCUGCCUCGUCAUCUAUUUUUAUUGAUGCACCAGUUCUUCCAUCAAAUGAUGCACCUUUCGAACUUCUGCAAGGAUUUUCUGCGCCGACAUUGCCUGUCUAUAUCAAUAUGGGAAUGAAUGAUACAGCCGAUAAUGUCACUUUUGCAGGACCAAUAACGACAACUGACCCGCCAUUAUCACGCUCAUUAGCAGCGAUUGAUGUUGACCAUCCUGCACCUUCUUCAGCCGUUGCAAGACAUAGUCAUCACCAUCAUCAUUUUCCACAUCAUUCACAAAAUCGGAAUCGCUAUCCGUAUUUACAAAGACAAAGUUCGAAAGGACUUCAUCGCACAUCGGAAUCGCGCACUAGUCUCGAAGGUUUACCUUAUUACGAGCAACGGCCUGCUUUUCGACGUUCAUAUUUUGCUUUGAGACGGCAAAGAAUACCCAAAGCUCCACCCAUGCCAAAACAUCUAUUUCCUGGCUACAGACAAAGUAGAACAGUGUCACCAGCAAAUGAGACCGGUGAUAAUGAAAAUGAAGACGAUGACGACGAUGAAGGUAAUUCAUUCUCCCCAUAUCUAUUAUUUGAUUUCAAUUGGUAG